UUUCUGUCCUCGCACAGCCUUCAUCGCGCUACUUCGUUUUCUUCAAACAAAAUUGACUCUUCUCUGAAAUGAACCAUCCCAGAUCUGGUGGUACUGAAAGCCCUGGCCGCCUCAUAUCACACUUCCUGACAAGGGAUCAGACAGACACGGGGGAACAGAAUGCAGGAUGGUCCGAGCUCUGGGACUCGGAUCAAAGUGAUCUCUGGGACCGGGGAAAGCCAUCGCCGGCCCUGGUUGAUUUCGUCGAACAGAAACUAAAUCAGGUCCUGCCGCAUAGGACUAAUGGACAAUCUGUGAAGGUACUGGUGCCGGGCUGCGGGCGAGGAUAUGACGUCGUCAUGCUUGCUCUCCACGGCAUGGAUGCCUAUGGUCUCGAAGUCUCUCAAACCGCAGUCUCCGCCGCGAACACCUAUGCCGAAGCUCAACUGGCCCAUCCGUCCGCGGCAAACUUUUCGGGAUCGGCUCCUCGACCUCCUAAGGCUCCUAUCAAUCGUGGCAAGGUCAAAUUCGUCGAGGGAGAUUUCUUUAUGUCAGAUUGGAUGAUAGAUUGUCUGGAUGAAGGGGAGAUAUCCGAAGGGUUUGACUUGAUCUAUGAUUACACGUUCCUGUGCGCGAUACCGCCGUCCCUGCGUUCAAAUUGGGCGAGACGAAUGAAGGAGCUAUUGUCCCCAACAGGGAUCUUGAUCUGUUUGGAGUUUCCCUUGUGGAAAGAGCUAGAUGCCGUCGGUCCCCCUUAUGGCCUUAACGGUGUCUACUGGAAUCUACUUGCUGAGGGUGGGGACGGGGUCCUUCAUGAUUCCGAAUCCACUGGCGCAAAACAGAUGGAUCAAGGUCAAGGACCGUUUGAGAGAGUGCUUUAUUAUAAACCGGAACGGUCAUACGACCAAGGCCGAGGUACCGAUAUGGUCAGCGUGUGGAAGCUCUCCUGACCGAGACACCUUCCCUAUUCCCAGCAGUGCCCGACCGUUCGAGCACCUCACAAGAGGAGUAUGAGUCAGUGGUUCUGUUUAUGGAUGUCUGAGCUUCAACACAAGGCUUCCCCAACAGCGUGUCUCUCGGCCUGCGUCACAAGCUCGUAUGCCAUCCUUGUCUGUAAUCUCCCGUCGGGCUCCGACCGAAAGGAGGAAGGCGGUGAUUUCGUGGUAUUCGUAAAGACAUGAGAGAUGCAACACGGUCCAACCGUGAAACGCUGUCACAGGUUUGGCAGCCGCUGGUAUCAUUGCUGGUGCAUUCUCGUGAGUCAAGC